AUGGGAGGAAUUCGUGAGAAGAAAGCUGAAUACUUCGCUAAGCUAAGAGAGUACUUGGAAGAGUACAAGUCCAUCUUCGUUGUUGGUGUCGACAAUGUCUCUUCGCAGCAAAUGCACGAGGUCAGAAAGGCUUUGAGAGGCAAAGGUGUUGUCUUGAUGGGUAAGAACACUAUGGUUAGAAGAGCCAUCAGAGAUUUCAUUGCUGAACUACCAGACUACGAAAAAUUGUUGCCUUUCGUUAAGGGUAACGUUGGUUUCGUCUUCACCAACGAAUCCUUGAAGGACAUCAAGGAGGUUAUCGUUGCCAACAAGGUCGCUGCUCCAGCCAGAGCCGGUGCUGUGGCUCCAGAGGACAUCUGGGUCACUGCCGUGAACACCGGUAUGGAACCAGGUAAGACCUCUUUCUUCCAAGCUUUGGGUGUCCCAACCAAGAUUGCCAGAGGUACCAUUGAAAUUGUCUCUGACGUCAAGGUCGUUGAAGCUGGUAACAAGGUCGGUCCAUCUGAGGCUUCCUUGUUGAACUUGUUGAACAUCUCUCCGUUCACCUACGGUUUGACCAUCGUCCAAGUCUACGACAACGGCCAAGUCUUCCCAUCUUCCAUCUUGGAUAUCACCGACGAUGAAUUGGUCUCCCACUUUGUCUCUGCUGUCAGCACCAUCGCUUCCAUCUCUUUGGCUAUCGGUUACCCAACCUUGCCAUCCGUUGGUCACACUUUGAUCAACAACUACAAGAACUUGUUGGCCGUCGCCAUUGCUUCCAAAUACGUCUACCCUGAGAUUGAGGAAUUGGUCGACAGAAUUGAGAACCCUGAGAAGUACGCUUCCGCUGCCCCAGCUGCCGCUGCUGCUUCUGGUGCUGGUGAAGCUAAGGAAGAAGCUGCUGCUGAAGAAGAAUCAGAGGAAGAGGAUGAAGACAUGGGUUUCGGUUUGUUUGACUAA